AUGACUUCUCUGGAACUUGUGAAUCCCAGAGUGAGAAGAAUCCGGGCGUCCACAUGUUUUCCGAGCUCACAGGAUGAAAUGAUCGACUUAAUCUCUGGAGAUUUUCAAAAAGCAGGAAUGAAACCUUUCUCAUUCGUUCGGCAGGUAUUGGCUUGUUGUGUCUACCCUCAUUUGUUGGAAUAUCAAACCUUCAAUGUGGACGUCCGUGAGCGUGCUCAGACUCUCCUUGAUGCCUGUGGAGAACGCAGUGUUGGUUCCUACACUGACUCCUCAGGUCUGGACAAUGUCCGUCAAAGUGUUGCAGACUUUAUCACGAGUCGAGAUGGAGUGCCGUGUUCAGCCAGUAACAUUUUCAUUGCCGGAGGUUCCCAGCGAGCUUUGAUGGUGAUGGUGAAACUGCUUGCUGGCACAGAGGGGGACGUCCCAAUGGGAGUUCUGACCCCAGAGCCCUCCCCGCACACUCUGCCCAUGCUGCUGGAUGAGGCUGGGGUCUCUCUGGAGCCCUAUGUGUUAAACAAAGAGCAGGGCUGGGCCGUUCAUGUGGACGAACUCAACAGAUCAUUAUCAGCAGCAAGAGUGCACUGCAAACCUAAAGCCAUCUUCAUAAGUAAUCCCAGUAAUCCUACAGGACACGUUCAAAGCAGGGAGUCCAUAAAGGAAGUCAUUAAGUUUGCGGCCGCUGAAGGUCUUCUACUAUUGGUUGAUGAGAUUUACCAGGACUUUAUCUUUGAAGACAUGGUUGAAUUUACUUCCUACAAAAAAAUGUUGUAUGAAAUGGGCCCCCCGUACUCUGAUACGACUCAGAUGGCCUACUUUCAUUCGAUUUCCAGUAUUGGAGAGGGUGGAUUUCGGGCGGGGUACAUGGAGCUGGUUAAUAUCGAUGCUGAGGUGAAGCAUUUUGUGGACACCAUGCUUUGCACAGACAUCAGCACCUCGGUGAUGGGUCAGCUGGUGCUCAGUCUGAUGGUCCGUCCUCUGAAACCCGGGGACCCAUCCUACUGCACGUACACAGAGGAGAAAAAGGAUAUUGCACAGACCCUGAGGAGAAACUGCAGGAGAGCUUGUGAAGUCCUGAAUAAUCUCCCAGGGGUGAGCUGUGAGACAGUGCUGGCUGGAAUCUACCUUUAUCCUUGCGUGAAUGUUCCUACAGCAGUCAUGAAGCAAGCCAUGGAUAAGAGAGUGGAGGCAGGUGCUGUGUACUGUGCACAGCUGCUGACUGAACAGGCCGUGCUGGUCGGACCAAGCUGCUCACAUGGUCCUCCGACUGGGACCUACCACUUCAGACUCUGCAUCCUGAUUCCUUCAGACGUCCUGGAUGAAGCUCUCAGCAGAAUCCAGAAGUUCCACCAAAGCCUUUUGGAGUCAGACCCCACGAGUUCAGUCUUGGACAUGGCAGGACGCACAACACCUGCAGCUCAGACCAGGAUAGACUUGGCCUCUGGAGACCCGCACAGCGCCGGCAUCGCCCCGGUCUCUUUCCUCAGACAGGUCUUGGCAGUUUGUUUGUACCCAGACCUGCUUCAGGAUGAAAACCUUCCUCUGGACGUUCGACAAAGAGCGCAGCAGUUCUUGGACUUCUGCCCAAAAGGAAGUGUGGGUGUGUACUCCUCCAGUGCGGUCGGGAUGCCGAAUGUGUUGAAGCAGAUCGCAGAGUUCAUUUGUCGGCGGGACGGGGGCGUCGCAGCUGAUCCCAACAACAUCAUUUUCAACAGCGGAACACAAGAGAAUUUGAAGCUGGUUUUCAAGUUGCUGUCCAGUGGGAGUCUGCAGCUCCAGAGUGGCUUGUUGGUCCCAGGGCUGUACCCCCACACGCUCCCGGGCCUCCUGGAGUACACCGGGCUGCGUCUGGUGCAGUACAGGCCGGAGCCGGACCAGGAUUGGGACAUGGAAGAACUAAAGCGAGUCGUGACUGAAGCCAGAGGACACUGUGACAUGAGAGCCCUGUACAUCUGUAACCCGGCCAUCCCCUCUGGACAUGUUCAAGACAGAACAUCGAUGGAGAGUAUGAUUCGAUUCGCUGCUGCAGAACGCCUCUUUCUGCUGGUGCAAGAGGUUCACCAAGACUGUAUAUUUGGACCCGGGAUAGAGUUUCUGUCCUAUAAGAAGGUGCUGCGGGAGAUGGGCCCAGAAUACUCUGAGCAUGUGGAGUUGAUCUCUUUUAACUCCUUAUCAAAUGGCAGUCAGGCAGAGUGUGGCCUGAGGGGAGGCUACAUGGAGCUGGUCAACACAGACUCAUCAGUGGCAGAGAGGAUGAAGGUUUUACUGGGUUUUAGGAGCCCUCCCGUUUUACCACAGUGUGCUUUGGAGAUCCAGGUCAACCCCCCGAAGCCUGGGGAUCCCUCCAGUCCAACAUACUCACAGGAGAUUUCCAACAUUCACGACAUUCUUUGCCUCAACGCUCGGCACGGAUGUGAAGCCCUGAACCGUCUCAAAGGUGUGGCCUGCCAGCUGCCCAGAGGAGGGAUCUUCCUGUAUCCUCAACUGGAUUUACCGGCUCGAUUUUUAAGAGAAGCAAAGAUGUCUCACGUUCAGACAUUAGGGCAGCGGCCUGAUGAUCUGUACUGUCAGAGGUUCUGGGAUGAAGCGGGUGUGCGUGUCGGAGCAGGCAGUGAGAACGGAUCACAUCAUCUCAAUAUUCGACUCUGUUUCGCAGCCUCGUCAGACUCUUUCCAGGACGCACUAUCAAGACUGUCCUCUUUCCACAGUCGCCUGCAUGAGACGUACUCAUGA